UCGAAUUAGCUCCUAAUCGGUCAACUUCUAGAUUCUUUGCAGAUUUCUUCUUCUUUACAAUGGCCUAUUAAGGUUUGCACUGUUGCAGUCAGCCACAUUGAUAAUUUAAAAUCCCGAGGGGAAAGAGGAAAGUGAGAAAUUAACUUAUUUCAAACUAUUUUUUUUAAUAAAUAAGUUUUAAAAACUAUGUUGUAAUACGUAUAGUGUUGACAACAAUUUUAAUAGUCAUGAGUGGUGGUUUGGUCCCUAGUAAAAGUACUGUGUAUGUUUCUAAUUUACCAUUUGAUCUCAAAAAUAAUGAUAUUCACAAAUUAUUUGAGAAACAUGGAAAAAUAGUAAAAGUUACAGUUGUAAAAGAAAAAGAUACUAGACGAAGUAAAGGAGUUGCAUUUAUAUUGUUUCUGAAACCAGAAGAUGCACUUAAAUGUGUGGAAGAGACAAAUUUAAAAGAAUCAUUUGGAAGGACUUUAAAAGCCAGCAUAGCCAGAGACAAUGGCAGAACAAAAGAAUUCAUCAAAAGAAAAGAAUAUCCAAAUAAAACGAAGUGCUAUGAAUGUGGAGAAUACGGACAUUUGAGUUACAAUUGCGACAAAAAUUUACUUGGCGAACGUGAACCGCCCCCCAAAAAAGUCCGAAAAAGAAAGAAAAAAGAUGAGCAGUCCAAUAAAUUAACGAAAGAACAAAAAGAUUACUUUAAGAGCAGUGAUGAAGAGAUCAGUGAUAAAGAAAAAGAGGGUGAACAUGCAUCUGAAGAAGAAAUAGAGGAUUGUGAAACAUUAAGUGCAGCAAUAGCAUUAGAGCAAGAAAAAAUUGAGUUAGAGAAAUAUAGGUACAAAGUAGCAACAGGAAAUUAUGAUGAUGAAAAUAUUGAAGGAACAAGUGCCCCACCUAGAAAGAAGAUAAAGAAAAGUGGAUAUUUCAGUGAUGAAGAAGAAAGUGACUAA